CCUCGAUAUUGUAUAUCACUCUCUCUCAGAUUUGAAUCAGGAACUCUCCUCAUUCUUUCCUCUCUCUCUCUCUCUCUCUCUUUCUCUCAUAUAUUUGUAGCCAAAGUUCUUAACUUGCAACCUUCCCUUUAGAACUACUACCACUUUAGUUGAAAGUUGAAACCUCUUCAACUCUUUCAUGGUGCUGAGAUUCGUACCUACUUGAACAACAUUUCAAGCUUUGUUUCUGUUUAUCUUUCUUUUUUCUAAUACAGUUUCAUCUUUUGGUGAAACAAAACUCGUUUCUGUACCAGACUCUGAUGAUGGCUCAAAAGCACUUAUUACACGAGCUACUGAAAGAAGACCAAGAACCGUUCCAACUCAAGAACUACAUUGCUGACAGACGCUGCCAACUCAAAAGCUCUUCACCAAAUACACAUUUACAAGUCAAGAAACGAAAACCCAUCUCAGAAACUCCAAGCUUUCCUGGGAAUUUUUGCAAAAACGCUUGCUUUUUCACUUUCCAAGACUCACCAGACCUCAGAAAACCGAAAUCUCCACUCUUUGAAUUCUCAUCUCCAGCUAAAAGUCCCUGCAGGACCCCAAAUGCCAUUUUUCUUCACAUUCCUGCUAGAACUGCAGCUCUUCUUCUUGACGCCGCUUUGAGAAUUCAGAAACAUUCAUCAUCAUCAUCAUCAGCUUCAGCUUCAAAGUCCAAAACCCAGAACAAAAACUACGGGUUUGGUCUAUUUGGUUCAAUAUUAAAGAGACUAACAAAUCGUAGCAAAAAGCGUGAAAUUGAAAGUGGUGAUGGGGUUAAGGUUGUUUCAGUAAAAGACAUUCUGAGGUGGGACUCAUCAGGUGUUGGACACAGAAAAAGUAGUUCCAAUGAGAGCAUGAAAAUGCAGAAACAAAUGGUGGCUUUGGAGGACAACAAAAGUGCUAGCAGUGAGUUAAGUUUAAGCCAUUCUUGUUCUUGUAAUGGUAGGCCUAGCAGUGCUGUUUGGUCGGAAAGCAAUGAAGACAAGUCUUUGGAUUUGGAUUCUUCUAUUAGUAGCCAAUCUGUGGACUUAGAAGUUAUUGAAUUCUUAACCAAACAGAGACCAGAAACAGACUUUGCUUGCUGUGAUAAGCACUUUUGUGAAAGUCCUUUUCGUUUUGUGCUUCAAAGGAGCCCUUCUUCCUCCUCCGGUCGCCGGACGCCGGAGUUCCAGUCGCCGGCGGCAUCCCCUAGUCGCCACAAAAAUGAGGAAAAAGAGACUAGUGGAGCUGAGAAUUUAAAAAAAUUCCAAGAAGUUGAAGAGGAGGAAGAUAAGGAACAGUGCAGUCCAGUCUCUGUAUUGGAUCCUGUAUUCGAGGACGAUGACGAUGGUCAUGAUGUUGAAGAUGAUGACGAGGACAAGGACUACGGUUAUGAUCAUGAAUGCAGCUUUGCCAUUGUACAGAGAGCAAAGAAGCAGCUAUUGCACAAGCUUCGUAGAUUUGAGAAAUUGGCAGAAUUAGAUCCAAUUGAACUUGAGAAAAGAAUGUUGGAAGAUGAACAAGAUGAUGACUAUGAUAACAAUAUUUAUGACCUCAACGAAGAAGAGGACUGUGAAGAUGGGAUGGAAACAUCACAUAUGGAAACAAAUGUUGAUGGCUUUCUUACAGAAGUGCUCAGUAAAUCAAACAUCCAUAGUUUACGCCGAAUCCCAGAAGAUAUGAAGAGAUUGGUUUCAGAUCUCAUUGUUGAGGAAGGAAGAGAACAGAAUGCCUUUGACAACAGAGAAGAGGUGGUGAGUAGGGUAUGUAAGAGGUUGGAAUCAUGGAAAGAGGUAGACUCUAACACCAUUGAUAUGAUGGUGGAGCAAGAUUUCAGAAGAGAGCUAGAUAGGUGGAAGCUAGACCAGGAGCAGGUGGGACAGACAGCAUUAGAGAUUGAGCUAGCUAUCUUUGGAUUAUUGGUGCAGGAACUGUCAGAUGAACUAGUUUGUUUCAGUUGAAAUUGAUGGGGAAAUUUGUCGAAACUGAGGCUACAUUCAAAUGAAUUUUGGUUUAACUUUCUUUUAUUUUUUUUAAAAUUAAAUUUUAAGUGGAGCAUAGUCUAACUUGCAUUAUGAAGGGAUAGGCUAAAUAGGUAGAUGACUCAAGAGGGGGAAGAAGGAUGUGAGUUAGAUGAACAUGGUAUUAUGUAAAUGGAUCAUGUAAGUAGUGGGGAAUGGUGUAUUUAUCCUUGCUUAAUGGAACAUGACAUGUACAAUUAGUAGUGCUUUAUAUAUUAUAGAUUUGUCCCUAUUUUUUCU